UUGAAAGCAUGAUGUAUUAGUCACCUAGUUUCUUGUCGCGCCUUCUACCGAGUGGACUUCUGUGGCAAUUUAUUUUAUUUUUUAUUUCAUUCAUAAUGAAAUUUUUAGCAGCUGUUUUACUCUUGGCAGUUGCUUGUUUAGCACAUGGCGAUGAUGGAGUACAAAAAGAUGAAACAAUAAACAAAACGAAUGAAAAAGCUUACAAAUUAAUUUAUGUGGCUGAAACAUGGGACGUAGCUAAAAAGAAAUGCGAAGAAAAUGGAGCAAAACUUGCAGUUCCUAAAUCUGAGGAAGAGUUUCUGUUUCUACAAAAAGAAGUUGUGCGCAAAAUGCAUUAUCCCAGUAUAAUUGGUUCGAAUUAUAAAUACCUCGUGUGGUUGGGGAUUGAUAACAGGAAUGAUAACUUUGUAUGGAGAGAUGUUGAUGGUAAUAAUAUAGUGGAGAAUGGAUAUAACGUAUGGUCUGGAGAUAAUGGAAAAAUUACUAAAUUUAGCGCUAACCCGGCUGAGCCACAUUGUGUCGGCAUGGACGCUGCCAAUCAUGGUCUUCGCGAUUUUUGGUGCCAUCUCCCACAGCCGUAUGUCUGCGAGACACUAUUGGACAAGACUCUCUGAGUGUUUUAGUGCGUACAGGACACUAUUACACACAACACGUGGUGCACGUGGUGCACUAUUAUUUAUUCGUAGGUCACUACACGGUGUCGUCGACACAGUGCCUCUACACCGUGUCGACAGAGGGAUGUGUCAGACCGUGGAACUAAGGGUGGUAUUAAUAAACUAAUCUCAGCUGAGACAGCCCUCAAGAUCACAUUGACAUGAUCUUGAGUGCAGUCUCGAAGCUAAGAUUAGUUAUUAAUACCACCCUAACACUCCGUAUAGGUAUAAACUGUGAGGCUGCGUACAUAGUAAAGGUUCCUAUCGUCUAGAAUCUACUGAGUAGUCUCCAUAGCCAAAUGAGUUACUUUUUACUAAACGUCAAAGCAAAAAUAAAUACCUAGCUACUAUUUUUUAUGAAAACUUACAUCGUGAGGAUAUAAAAAAUACUGACGUAAUGUUUUAAUUAAAAUGAUUAAAUAUAUUAAAUAAUG